ACACUCUACACUCUACACUCUACACUCUACACUCUACACUCUACACUCCGACAUUCUACAAGGUCUCACUUUCGACACCCAACCUUGUUGGUCAUCCACUCUUAAACAACCUCAUCUCCAUCAUUCAUUCACAUUCAUUCAGUCUUACUCGAGUUGUUUCUAGUUCAAAUCAUCCUACUAUAACCACCACACUAAUUAAACCUGUCUCGACUCCCAAGCACUUUACAAAAAUUUACAUCUCAAUUUCUAUCAAUACCAUUUGAGGGUGCACAAUAAAGAACAUCAUCAAAAUGUCUGCCGUUGCCGCCAAAAAUCGUUUGAUGUCCGAGUACAAGGGACUGGCCAAAGAGAAAUGGGUCAAUAUCGAGAUGAAUGAAGACUCCCUCUUUAAAUGGCAAGUCGGUUUGAUGGUUGUUAACGAUGAGAGUGCUUUCAACGGUGCUUACUUUAAGGCCGAAAUGACUUUCACCGACAAUUAUCCUUACAGCCCUCCUACCUUCAAGUUCCUCCGACCAAUUCAACACCCUAAUAUCUAUCCCGAUGGUAAAUUAUGUAUCUCAAUCUUGCACCCACCUGGAGAAGACGAGCAAUCCGGAGAAUCUGCUAGUGAACGUUGGUCACCUCUACAAGGUGUUGAAUCCGUCUUGCGUUCCAUCCUUCUGCUCCUUGAUGAUCCCGAGAUCAAUUCUCCCGCCAAUGUCGAUGCUGGAGUUAUGUACCGUGAUUCUAGAGAAAAAUAUAACGAGAAAGCUAAGGAGGCUGUUGCUGCUUCGAAACAGGAUAUACCGGCCGGAUUUGAGAUGCCGAAAACACUGGAAACUGCCCCUCCUGCGAAACUUGUAGACGACGAUGCGUUUUGGGCUGAGAGUGAUGAAGAGGACGACUUUGGCGCCAGCGAUAGUUCCGACGCAGACAUGGAGAACGAAGACGAAGAGGAAGAGGAUGGCGAGGAACAAGAAGAGGACGAUGAAGACAUGGAAGAUUGAGGAGGAGAGCUAUCAAGUCUGACUCAUUCUUGAAGCUCAUUGCUUCUCUCAAACUUCCCAAAUGCUCUCGAUACCGACUACUUCGUCAAAAUUGCACAUGGUCACAACUUGCGAUAGAGGGAGGGUCAUUUAAUUUACUUUACAAUGCAUAGCACAGCGGCGGUCUGCUCGGUUUACAUGGUAGGCGCAACGGAAAAUGCAUGUAUAUUUGCAUUUUAGGCGUACGUAUAACAUGCUUUUCACAUUUAGGGAUCUUAGCGCUUUUAGAUUAUGGGGGAAUAUGGAUUGGGUGUUACGUAUUUGAAGGGCAUGAUUUGUCUAUGGCUUUUGCAGUAGGCAGUGAAAUAGGGUAAAUAGUUGUAGGUUAUGAAUAGGAAUACUUCAAUACAAGAUAAGUUUGCAAUAAAUGGUGUUGAUAGUUCAUACUGCUCGCACUUGAGAUGACAACUUUUUCCUGCCUAUGGCGGCGUGAGGUCCACCGAUACAGAGCGAU